AUGGAUUCUUACCAGUAUGACUUCUGGCAAUGCGGGCACAUCACCAGCAUCGCAACCGGCAUCCGCGUCAGUGAAUACGGUAACCUAACAGUUCCAUCUCUUUCCAACAUCGAUCGCAGCGCGAUCCAGAGACAGCCGAACGGUCUCUGCGCAAGAUGUCACGCGGACUAUCUCAAAAAGCGUCUACAAGACGUCAGAUCUCUCCUAUUAGCCUGCACUUUCCGUGCCGUGGAAGCAGAGCUCGACGCGCGUAAGCUCGACGCAGUGAAGAACUUCCUCUUCUACGACACCCAAGAGCGAUUCAGAAUCAGUCUAUCCCAAUGGACGCAAUACCCUGCAGCGUUCCUUCGAACAGAGGCUCACAUCCUGCAGCUCGAGCUCGAGGCCUGCGAGGCUGUGAUCAGCGACUACGCCGCAGGGCACAGUCGCCGAUUACGCGCGAACACAGCUCAAAUCUUCAUAGACCGCAUCACGCAGAUCGGGAAAGAAGCCGCACAGCGCGCCAAGAGCGCUAAUGAGGGGAUGAGCGAGUGUCUACUUGAUAUCAUGACUGAAGCGAAGAAAUUGAUUGACGAAUUCCAGAUGGCGCAGGAGAAGGAGGCGGUAUAUCUUAAGGAAUUGGAGGUGAAGGCGACCCACUUGAGGAUUUUGUUGGAGGGAUAUGAUCCGAAGAUUGGGGAGAGAUAUAAGGGGGAGUCGGAAAAGAAGAAUGUUGUCCUCGCAAUUGUGUACAAGUAA